AUGCAAUUGUUCAGCGGGAGUGCCGCUGUAGCAGACGCUGAGCAAGUUAUUGAUUAUGUAAUUCAUGCUUUUCAAGUCUUCCACACCUUUGGCAAAAUGCACCCGAUUCUAUCCUUCACGAACUUGAAGUCCAACCUCUGUACAACUCUGGCUGACCUACGACGAACGACUCCAUCCAUAUCUAUAUGGGGUUCUUCUUCGCCAAGAUCGGAUAUCCCGUCGUCACUCGCUAGUCUUCACCGGCUUCUUGUAUGCUGUGGCUUGGCAACCCUCACUUCCAACCCCAUCCCACCCGUCACAUAUCCCCAAUUCAAUUUUCAAGCUGUGGAGUACAGCUUCGGCUACCAUCCGAAGCCCUGGUCGUCUGAAGACCUCAUACUCCAGAGCCCAGACAGGGUAUCUCGUCAAUCUUGCUGGCCGACCCGUUGGACAACGGUUUACGGAGUAUCAUCCAGUUGGUUCCAGCUUCCAGCCUUUGACCCCUUCCCCCCGUUGCCCAUCACUGCCAUCCGGAUCCCCGUCCUUGGCCUCCUCUUGGCCCUACACCAGACGCAAGCCAGGCACGCAGUAGGACACACUAGAAGUCGGGAGCUUCGAGCACCUUUCCCGGCCGAGUCCUUCACCAAGGCAAGCGAGGCUGCCAGCAACCUCCGGCAUCGACUUCCUAGCGUGCUCAUUGUAGUCCGAUCACAACUUCGUACAGCCUGGGCGGCGGCCGGAUGUGCCAAUGCUGCUCCUCAAUUCAGUUCUCGUCACCUCGCUGCGGGUCUCGCUGCCGGGGUAUACACCUUUUGGGAAGAUAGCAAACUCGAACUGAACAUGGCCCCUACGGAAGGCAUCGUGCAGAGAUGCCGGUGCCAGGCCUUGAUCCCGCCCCGGCUUGGAGCACUGCAUCGAACUCUCGCGAACUCUCCCCCGUCAACGCUAGACGCUAGACAAGCUAUUGCCAACCUUGGCGAAUGCAAGCAUCUCAACGCCUCGAAUAAUCUUGACCACGAGGUGAAGAGCCCAUGGACGGAUGUCUUUGACCGGAAUUCACCGGGCAUCUUCAAGGGUCCCUCAUUUCCAAAGGUGCAGCGGUGA